AUGAUAUCUCGAGCGGCGGCUCCCUCGUCUUCCUCCCUCGCCAACCUUUCCUCCCGCUCCCUCCGAGUCCAGGGCCAGGCUGCCCGCACCUUCGCGACCGUCCAGGACAACGCCCCCCCAGUACGGCAUCAUGGCGGUCUGCAGGACCAGGACCGGAUUUUCACAAACCUUUACGGACACCAUGGCGCCGAUCUGAAGUCGGCAAUGAAGUACGGUGAUUGGCAUAGGACCAAGGAUAUUGUUCUGAAGGGCGAUGACUGGCUUAUCUCGGAACUCAAAGCUUCUGGUCUUCGUGGUCGUGGUGGUGCUGGUUUCCCCUCAGGAUUGAAAUACUCUUUCAUGAACUUCAAGGACUGGGAUAAGGACCCCAGACCCCGUUAUCUGGUCGUCAAUGCCGAUGAGGGUGAGCCCGGAACCUGCAAGGACCGUGAGAUUAUGCGCAAGGACCCCCAGAAGCUCAUUGAAGGCUGUCUCGUUGUCGGUCGUGCGAUGAACGCCAACGCUGCCUACAUCUACAUCCGUGGCGAGUUCUACCAUGAAGCUACCGUCCUCCAGCGGGCCAUCAACGAGGCCUAUGAGGCUGGUCUGAUCGGCAAGAACGCCUGCGGAACCGGUUACGAUUUCGACGUCUACAUCCACCGUGGUAUGGGUGCUUAUGUUUGUGGUGAGGAAACCUCUUUGAUCGAGUCCAUCGAGGGUAAAGCCGGCAAGCCUCGUCUUAAGCCCCCAUUCCCUGCUGCUGUCGGUCUGUUCGGCUGCCCCAGUACCGUCACCAAUGUUGAGACCGUCGCUGUGACCCCCACUAUCAUGCGUCGUGGUGCCAGCUGGUUCUCCUCAUUCGGUCGUGAGCGCAACGCUGGUACCAAGCUGUACUGUAUUUCCGGCCACGUCAACAACCCCGUUACCGUCGAGGAGGAGAUGUCCAUCCCUCUUCGUGAGCUGAUCGAUCGUCACUGCGGUGGUGUCCGCGGUGGCUGGGACAACCUCCUGGCUGUCAUUCCCGGUGGUUCCUCGACCCCUGUCAUCCCCAAGUCUGUCUGUGAUGACCAGCUCAUGGAUUUCGACGCUCUCAAGGACAGCCAGAGCGGUCUCGGUACCGCCGCCGUGAUCGUCAUGGACAAGUCCACCGACAUUGUCCGCGCCAUCUCCCGUCUGUCUAGCUUCUACAGGCACGAGAGUUGCGGUCAGUGCACUCCUUGCCGUGAGGGAAGCAAGUGGACCCAGCAGAUUAUGCAGCGUAUGGAGACUGGCCAGGCCCGUGAGCGUGAAAUCGACAUGCUCCAGGAGCUGACCAAGCAGGUCGAGGGCCACACCAUUUGUGCUCUGGGUGAGGCCUUUGCCUGGCCCAUCCAGGGUCUCAUCCGUCACUUCCGCCCCGAACUAGAGGCUAAAAUCAGGGAGCAUGCUCAGGAGCUCGGACAGGCCCCUUAUGCCGGUGGCUGGCACCCUAACAGCAGGGCCGAGGGCAAGCUGAUUUCCCCGGGCAUGUAA